AUGGCUUUCCCGAACACACUUAGUGGACGUAUGGAAGAACUGCGCUUUCCCAGCCUGCGGUCCCCGGACGCCGAGAGCCCAUACAGUUCGAAUGGCUCCUCUACACGAGAACAAAACCCAUUCUUCUCAAACAUGCACUCUUCGUCCAACGAUGCCCGUGCAAGCCUCCAACGUCGCUUCACAACAGACUCGAGUAAGAUGCCUGUGGCCAGACCGUUUGGUCAGCAAUAUACGUCCAUGAAUUCAGCGGCGGCGAAGAACAAACAAAUGUACGAUGAUAUUCAGAAUGCGAAGCGUAAGGCGGAGGAGCAGUUGCGGCUCUUGGAGCUGCAAGAACGGAGCCUUCAGAUGGGAGCCUCUACUCAAGACCUUGAGCGGAUCUCUACCCGUAUGAAUCGAAUCAGCCUCAACGGACCUGUCAGCGAGCCCACCACCCCUCCUGAGUAUGCUGAAAGUGGUUUCAGCAAUCGGUUCUCGCGCUCUAGCAGACUGUCUAUGAACAGUAUCAUUUCGCCCCCAGGUCUCAGCAAGCGAGUCUCUCAAUCUAGCUCUCAAGUCACCUCACCCCCAGCAAAUCGUCUAUCGGGGAACGGUAUCUACAGUCAAGCUCAGAAGCCAUCUGCGAAAUCAGUGCCCGGAUCUCGACGAGGGUCUGAUGAGGACGAAUAUUACCCCGAGGACUUGCCUACCACUCGAGCUGCUGCUACGUUGAAUCGCUUUUCUAUGCCAGUCAACAGCAGUCGUCAUCCCCAACGUCUCAGUGUCAGUGGCACUGGUGCCAAUUCAUUUGGUCUUGCAAACACCACCAGCUUUCUCUUUGACGAAGACGAUGAUAAACUGCACCCACUUGACUUGACUUCCCCUAUUGCAAAGGCCUUUGCGCAGCUUGAGGGUGACGACACCUUCCCAACGUUGACCAGUGACGGCCUUAAGCUUUCUGCGAACUCAGCCGCUUUGGAUCUCGCAAAUUCCAAGACACCAGAUCUUGACUGGACUCUUGGAUCUCGCUACAGACCAGCCCAUCAGAGCAUGCCUCAUACAGACUCUUCCAUGUACAGACCUGUUCUUGCCAAUCUCAACCUCAGCAGCCCACCUGCGGACCGUCCAGCAGAUCUGACGCGUCGCAAGUCUCAGCGUCAUUCACUCGGAGUCACCUUUGAAGAUUCUGCCCCUAUCCCUGCAAAUUUGACCGUCUCUCGGCCCACAUCUCUCCAAACUUCUUAUUCAACCAACGACGUCCCGACAGUCAAGAAGUCUUUGACUUUGGACACAGCUCCCACGCCUCCCAAGACUCAGGCUGAGCAACAGUUUCAUAACCACAACGUCAGUUUGGGACGCAUUCCUGCGAACGCAGUCAACAACCGUCAGAGUCGAGAAGUUGCCAACGGAUCUGUCAAGCUAGAAGACAAAGCCAUGUCCUCUACGGCCCCGCUGUCAAGCCUACACGCCAGUGCAGCGCCAUUCAGCACAUCUUUCACCAGUACCUCAGAUUCCAACGUGAUGGCCUUGGCGAGCCCAACCUCGACGUACCCACCUCCGCAACCCUACAUGUACAAUAUGCAAACUUUCAACGUCAACCAGAUGAAUCCCCAGGCCCCCGCUGCCGGAACCAUCCAGCCCUUUGGCCAGUCUCAAGGGAUCUAUGGUGUGAGCAAUACGUAUUCCGGCCCGCAGCGUUCUGGCACUGGUCGUCGCAACCACAGCGAUGAAGCUCGAUUCAACAAUGUUCCUCUCGAGUCUUACCGAGGAAAUCUGUAUGAGCUCUGCAAGGACCAACAUGGAUGUCGCUACCUCCAGCGCAAACUCGAAGACGGCAACGAGGAGCAUAUCCAAGCCAUCUUUGUGGAAACUUGUCCUCAUAUCAUCGAACUGAUGACUGAUCCCUUCGGCAACUACCUCUGCCAGAAGUUGUUCGAACAUUGUAACGAGGAGCAGCGAACCACUUUGAUCAACACUGCUGCACCAGCUCUGGCGACUAUUGCUCUUAACCAACACGGAACCCGUGCCCUUCAGAAGAUGAUUGAAUUCGUUCAUACUCCAUCCCAGGUCGAUACCAUCAUCCAAGCGCUGUCUCCCCGUGUUGUCGAGCUAGUCCAGGACUUGAAUGGUAACCACGUGGUCCAGAAAUGCCUCACUCGUCUGGGCGCCGAACGUUCUCAGUUCAUCUAUGAUGCAGUUGGCAACUUCUGUGUCAUUGUUGGCACUCAUCGUCACGGAUGCUGUGUGCUGCAGCGCUGCAUCGAUCACGCUCAGGGCUUUCAGCGGGCUCAGCUCAUCGCCAGGAUCACCCACUGUGCCUUUGACCUCGUCCAGGACCCAUUUGGAAAUUACGUUGUGCAGUACAUUCUCGAUCUGGAUGAAGCUGCGUUCACGAAGCCACUGUGUGAAAAUUUCUAUGGUCGGGUUCCAGCCUUGUCGAAGCAAAAAUUCAGCUCCAAUGUCAUUGAAAAGUGCUUGCGUACUGCCGACACGGAUACCAAGAGAGCCAUGAUCGAAGAGAUGCUGAUGGGGAAUGAGCUUGAGAAGAUGCUCCGCGAUUCCUUCGCCAACUACGUGGUCCAGACCGCCAUGGAGUAUGCGGAUCCUACCACCAAGAUGCGUCUCGUUGAUGCCAUUCGUCCUAUUCUUCCCCUUAUCAAGCAAACUCCUCACGGCCGACGAAUCGCCAGCAAGAUUCUUGGUAACGAUGUGUCAGGUCGUGGCAACGCGCCUUCUAAUGAUAAUAUCCUCGCAAGUUUCAACACUGGCCGCGCGAACGGCCGCCGCAAUGUUCAGAUUGUGGGUGGCGGCUUCAACGGCAUUCGCACUGCCGACACCUAUGGUUCUGCUGAUAUUUCAAACAAUGUCACUGCUAAUGGAAAUACCUAUGGUUUGAUGGAUUCAACUGGCAACAUGUACAACGCCCACAAUUACGGCAAUGAUCUCGGGCCAAACGGCUAUGCUGGCUUCAUCAAUGGUUCAGUUGGCGGUCCCAACAAUGUCAUCUGA